AUGGUGGACGCAGGGGGCUUGCGGCCUGUGCUGUACGAACAGGGCUGGGAGCAGCAGCAGCAGCAGCAGCAGCAGCAGCAGCAGCAGCAGCAGCAGCAGCAGCAGCAGCAGCAGCAGCAGCAGCAGCAGCAGCAGCAGCCGCACGAGCACGAGCAGGAGCAGCAGCAGCAGCAGCAGCAGCAGCAGCAGCAGCAGCAGCAGCAGCAGCAGACCACUCCUGCCAAGGAGGGUGACUGGACGCCAUGCGCAGCCACGCAGCUGUCCAACGCCGAUGCGGCUUCAUCCAACGGCAAGGUCGGGCCGCGUAUGGCCAGCAGCACCAGCACCGUGCACGACCAGGCUGGCGCUGCCAGUGGUACGCCGCUGUGCCAAGUGGCGCCGAUUGACACAGCUCUGGCAGCGGCGUCCCGCGAGAUCGUGCAAGCUAUCGCCUCAGCUCGCAGCGAGCGGUUGUCCCUGGGCGUGGCUGCCGAGCGUAUUCGCGGCCUGGCACGCAGCGCAACGCGGCAGGUGACGGUUGAUGCAGCAGUGACUGAAGCGGAUCUGCAUGGCGUUCGAGCUGGUCCAGUCCAGGGGGCAGCCAGCAUAAACGCGUGCCACACACUCGGCGAUGACGAGGUGGCAGCACAGCAGGCGGGCGAGGAGCCGCUGCCGGACCUGGGCCUUGGAGGGGACGGGCGGCUGGCGAGCCGGCGCAUACGGGCGCAGCUGGCGAGCAGCGCGGGGUGGUGUGCACAGCAGACGGGUGAUGGCGGUGUCGAUGGGUGCUAA